CGCGCCAGCCGCGGAGCGCCAGGCGCUCGGCUCCUCCCUCUGGCCCCAACACGAGAGCCAGAGAGGGUCUGGCAUCUCCCCUGCCCGCGGGUCGAGGGUCUGGAGGAGGCGGGCAGCCCUCCCUCCCGCCGCACCGGAGCCCGGCUGCGGGGCGUGGGCACCGCGCAGCGUGCGCUGAGCCGCCCGCGAUGGGGCUGCGCGCCGCGGGGCUCCUGGGCUGCUGCUGCCUGCUGCCCCUCGUCCUGCCCGCAGCCCCAGGCGUGAAGUGUAAAACUGGCUGCCACCCGGAGAAUGGCUUUUGUGAAUUUCCCGGUGAAUGCAGGUGUCAGCCUGGUUGGCAGGGUGCUCUUUGUAAUCAGUGUGUUCCCUUCCCUGGGUGUCUGCAUGGCAGCUGUGCCAAGCCCUGGCAGUGCAUCUGUGAGGAGGGCUGGGUUGGCAGCCUCUGUGACAUAGAUAUCCACCCAUGUUCUACAAAGCCAUGCGCCAAUAACGCAACAUGCAUCGAAUCUGGAGAUGGAGGAUACAUUUGUCUGUGUGCCCAGGGAUUUACAGGGAAAAACUGCCACCUCAAAAAAGGACCCUGCAUUAUUAAUGGCUCUCCCUGCCAGAAUGGAGGAACAUGCAUUGAUGACAGUGGUUUUGCACCACAUGCUUCCUGUCUGUGCCCUUCAGGUUUUGCUGGCAACUUCUGUGAAAUAGAUGGGGAUGACUGUGAAUCCAACCCGUGUGAAAAUGGAGGAACAUGUACAGAUAUUGGUGUGGGUUUCAGCUGUUUUUGUCCCCAUGACUAUACAGGAAAACUCUGCAGCAGCCGUGUGAUAUUCUGUGCAAGUGGCCCAUGUGAGAAUGGAGGGACAUGCAAUGAAAACCCGCAGGGAGGAUUUGAAUGCAUCUGUAAACCAGAAUUUGUUGGUGCAACCUGCAAACAUCCCAGCAAAAACACAAGCCUCUCUGGAGUGAGUAAGGAGACAAAACAUAUGCGGAAUUACAAGCCACCCCCAAAAGCUCAUCACAGAUCAGUUCAUCAUCAACAAGAAAUCCUGAAAAUAACAAUGAAAGAAACAAUCCAAAGUGCAGAUCCCUUGCUCAGUAGAAGCCAAGUGAUAUGUUUUGUUGUACUGGGCUUGCUUACGUGUCUUGUGGUCUUGGGUACAACUGGUAUUGUGUUUUUCUCAAAAUGUGAAAUGUGGCUUGCUAAUGCCAAAUACAGUCAUCUCCUACGCAAGAAAAAGAACUUUUUUCUGAAAUCUAGUGAUGGGGAAAACCUCUCAGUUAAUAUUAUCUUCCCAGAGAAGAUUAAAUUGACUAAUUAUACCAAGAACUACACUGCCAUCUAGGCCCUUGAAAGCUGAGCAACAACUUGUAACUUUGCAUAGCAAUAUAUAAAACAGAUUGAACUUCUUGCCUGUGAUUGGCCUCAAUAUUUGUUGGUACAUUUGCUGUAGCUUGUGUUGAGUCAUAAUAAUGAAAUAUAAUGUAUCUGUAUUGCUGAGGAUUUUUUCAUUCCCCAGAAUAAAAGUUUUAAAAAAACUAUUAAAGAGCAGGAAAUGUUAAUUUAAUUUCUUUUCAAGGCAGCUAUUUUUUUUUUAAAUAAAAGAUAAUUUACCACCAAAACUCUCUUGUAGCUUUCUUGUCUGUGCAUAGUUUAUUUGAAAAAUGCAGUACUUAUGAAUUAUUUAGUAAUGUUUUUUUAAUAAACAGCAAUUAAGGGCUAUACUGGUGUAAUUGUUACGUUACAGCAAAGUCCACAGCGUGCCUGUGCCUAAUUCUUCUGCUAUCUGUUGUCAGGACUUUAGAGAGUGUGAUCAAUAGGAGUACAUUCACGCCGAUAUCUCACUUUUUCAGUCAGUUUUGCUUAUUUUUUACGUGCUUAUGUGAUAGAUUACUCCUCCUAUAGAAUCUAAUAGGCCUUUUGUGAUAUUAAUUUAGGGAUAAAGGUCUCUGUUGCUUUUGAUGAUGCUCGUGUAAGUUGUUCUAUUUACCUACCAGAAUGUUAAAAAACUGUUCAAUGUCUUUGGCCAUACUUUCUGUAUAGAGACCUGGUAGAAAUGUAAAGGGUCUGAUUCUGACUUUUCUAUAAAUAUUCUUCAAGGAACUCUGCUGAGAAUAGUAUCCUUCACAACUGUGUUAUGGGGAGAAAUGAAAAGAUUAUGUGUGUCACCUGAAAGAGAACAGUUACUUUUAACUCUCCAUUUUUCUUUGAGAUAUUUCGAGGAGAGAACAAGAUUUUCAAGAAUCAGAAGCAGCGCUGGCAAACAGGCAAAGGCUCAUGAAAGCAAAUGGAAUUUUUCGGGGCUGAUUGGUAGAGUUUCUGAAGAGCUUCACCUGGGGCCCUCACGCAGCCCCUGCCCAAAGGUAUAUUUCAGGUCAGCCCAGAGGUGCUGGUCCUGUUCUGAACUAUGCUGAAGGAGUGCUGGUCUCCACCUCCACCUCUGCCUGCUGGCUGGACCUCAGACCUGUAUUUUAGAUAGUCCAUCUGUUGGGUGGUCCCUUUGGACACGUGCUCCAGCCCUGCCUCUGGCCGUGUCUCCUUUAGCUGCUAACUGCAGCCCAUAGAUGCCACCUGGGCAUGGUUCAUUAUUGGCUAUGUCUGAGACUGUCCAUGGACCUCAUUGCCACCACUAGCUGUGGUGAUGUCUUUAGUCUCUGUGAGGUUUGUUCUGUUGGUGAGGGCACGUCUCGCCAUGGGACAUGAUCCUCCUGUGUCUUCCAGCUUCGCUUCCUUGCUUGGCAGCCUGACUCUGGCUAGUCCCCCUGAAAAUCUAGUGCUUAAGCUUGUCUUUAACUGCUGUAAGUAACAAUUUAGUUCCCCAGCCAGCCAAGAUGGGGACAUCUAGUAGCUUUUCCUAAGCUGUCUGUUAUGCUAUUCUCAAAUACAUUAAGGGUUGCUCAAAUUAAAAGAAAAAAAUUGACAUCUCUCUUAAUUGCUUUAAGUAUACAGAAAGUUUUCUGUACUGCUGAUAAUAUUCACACAUAUCAUAGCAUUACAAUGUAGUGCAAAGGCUAAGGAUAAUAAGAAAAACUGUGUUGAGAUACUACUGUGGAAAGUGUUGACUUCUGGAUAGCAGCAUGGAAAUUUUAAAGCAAUCAGAUGCUUCCUCUCAAAACUCGUGUUGAGAAGACAAAUACUCAUCAAAACCAGCAACUUUUCAAACAGUCUUAGCAAAGAUGACUAAUUUAGAAAUCCAGAUGAGUGUAAAACCCGGUAAGCAGUGUUAAAGUUGAAGCCAUGAAACACAGGCCACAAGAGUUUACACAUUUCUUUUGAAACAAUAUAUUUAAAACUGUAAUUCAGCACUGUACACUUUAAUGUGAUUUAUUUUGUGAUUAAAAAUAAGUUAGGACCAGUUUGGAGAUAAUCAUUCCAUUGUGUAAUUCCAACAGUGCAGCUUUGAUUCAAAACCAGUUGCAACUGUAGAUAUCCACUAGGAAUCACUGAUUAAAUUCGAGACUCAGCUGUGCACCCUCCCUCUCCCUUUGAGCAGAGGCUCCAGUCCUGUGAAAGAAACCCACAGAUUUCAGGUUGCAGUAAUACUCCUGUCAUUGAUGGUGUCAUUGAAGAAGUAUAGGAGGCUGCUAGUUUUGUACUAUAAAGUCUAAAGGGAAAAAAGUCUUAUCUUUAACACAAAAGGCUGGAAAAAAUAAUAAUAGCUGUCUUUAGCUUCUCUGUUUCAGAAAAAAAUUGAAGACAUGUAUCAGAGUUUCUCAUAUCUGUGCUAUUAGUGCAGUGAAUAGCUCUGAAGCCUGAUCACAACAUAAGUGACAGAAAACAGUGAUGAAAAAAAAAGGCUUGUGUUUAAGGAAGCUGCAGUGUCUGAAUCAAUAGCCUGCAACAGGUCUCCAAAGUUGAAAACAAACGUUAUGCAGAAACACUGACAUAAGACCAAGGAGGAGAAAGAGCAUUGACACCACUUCAGUUACAUGUUUAUCCUACAUACUAUUUUUAUCAAUGGACAGGGAACAACAUAUCUCUGAUACCCAUUGCCACAGGUACUAAACUAUACUGCCAUUUCUCACCUUUUUGAUUUCUGAAUGCUCUUCCUUAGUCAAGCAAUGGUUUCUCUAAGCCUCAGAAACUGCCUCUGCCUUAUUGUCUGUAUAAAAAAAAUUAAUAAAUAAAUAUGGACAACCAGACUGAGGGAUGCGUUGGAACAGUUUGUUAAGAACAGUAGCAUUUUCUUGUCCCCAAGCUACAGGAGAAUACAUGAAAAGUUAUUUUUAUUUUAAUCAUCUCCCUUUGAGCUGUAUUAGCCUCUCUUCCUGCUAUGUUAGCAAAAAAAGACCCAUAGAUGUUCCACAAAGACCAGGUUUUUAGAGACAGGGUGUGACUAUUUCUCUGGAGUUUUUUUUGUUUUGGAUUUUUUGCAUAGCCAUGAGGGAGACAGAGGUCUGGUUGCUGUAAAAGUAGAACAUAUGAGCAAUAGUAAUCACCAAAUUCUUGACAAAGGAUGUCUGAAUUCAGAAUACGUGCGUGGCUUUUCUUUUUACUGCUGUUCUUGAUAUCUGUCCAUAAACCAAUAGCGUAUGUCUUGCUUUUGAUUAAUAAGAACUCUGUUUGAAAGUGCUAACCCAUCUGCUGAUAGUAUAUCCGUAACAGUCCAGCUGAUGUGCUCUUCUGGGCAAAUGUACUGAGCUCUGUUUUAUAACAGAAAUACAAAAUAAAACCAUUCUGUUUUAUAAUAAAAUAAGUAUUUAGGUCCAGAUGAACCGUGGUGUUCCUACCUAAACCAGACCUUAAGUUUUUGAGGGUGAAACAGUAUUAAAGACCUGGCUGCAGAAAUAUAUACAAACCAUCACCAAAGAUAAUGGUCCAGAUUGCACUGCCUGAGUACAAUACUUUUCAUAACUAUGUCCUUCCCUCCCCAGGUUCUCAAAUCUGCCUGUGCCUUGGCAAAAUUUAUUUAC